UCCAAUCAAACAGAGAACCAAGCAUUAAAAACAAGAUUUAGGAAAUGACAUUCACACUGCUAAAUACGUACGUUGUUUUGUUUUACCAACGUCUAACAACGGCUAACAGCUAGUAACGCCAAAAACAAGACCUGCUGUUAGAUAUGCACAUGCCUUAAAUGACCAUUUAGAUAGUGACAAAGACAUUUAAAAGUGGACUCGGAUUGACGGCAUAAAGCAAGGAUGGCUCAGUGGGAGAAACUGAGGCAGCUGCCUGCUUCGUACAGUCAGCAAGUACAUGAGCUCUAUGACAGGAAUGAUUUGCCUAUGGAUGUGCGGCAUUACCUGUCAGCCUGGAUAGAGAAGCAGGAGUGGCAACGAGCAGCACGGGAGCAUGACUUGGCUAUGGUGCUUUUCCAGGUCCUGCUGGAGAAUCUGGAUAUCCAACACAGCCGCUUUGUCCAGGAGGAGUCAUUCUUACUGCAGCACAACAUCAGACGCUAUAAACAGAACUUUCAGAGGUUCCUGGAUGACCCGUGUGCCUUGGCUUACACGAUCCUGUGGUUUUUGGGCAAAGAGAAGGAAAUCCUGGCCAGUGCUGAUCUGGCUGAGCAGGUCCAGUUUUUGCAUGUAGAGCAGGUAGCCAUGGAGACGAGCAGCCAGCAGGACCUUGAACGUAAAAUGGCUGGCCUCAGGGAUGAAGUGCAGUCUAUGGAACAUACAAUGAUAUGCCUGGAGGAGCAGCAAGACGAGUUUGAUUUUAAAUGUCAAACCCACAAGAUGGAAGCUGUGAUAGACGAGGCUGUGAAGAAGGAUCAAAUGAAAGUUCUUCAGGCACUUGUCAACAGACUAGAUCAAUGUAGAAAGGAAACACUGUCCGAUCUAAAAAAGCUCCUGGACAGGACUGAUGCCCUGAUUGACAUCUUGGUAAAGAAGGAGCUGGUGGAGUGGCAGAGGAGGCAGCAGAAAGCCUGCAUUGGAGCUCCAGACAAUGUUUGUCUGGAUCAGCUGGAGAAGUGGUUCAGCUGUGUGGCAGUGUGUCUGUUCCAAGUGCGGGAGUUUCUUGGUAAACUGGAUGAGCUUGUAGGAAAAAUGUCCUAUGACAAUGACCCUGUGAAGGCACAAAAACCUGCACUGCAGAGGAGAGCAGAUACUCUUCUGAAAAACCUACUCAAGAGUUCCUUUGUGGUUGAGACUCAGCCGUCCAUGCCUCAGGGGAAAGGACCUCUGGUGCUCCGCACAAACGUCCAGUUCUCUGUCAAGACCAGGCUUCUUGUUAAGUUUCCUGAGCUGAACCACUCCAUGAAGGUGAAUGUAUCCAUGGACAAGGAGGCUCCGAAGAGCAAAGGAUAUCGGCGUUUUAAUGUCCUGGGGACCAAAAGCAAGGCCUUGAACAUGACAGAGUGCCAGAGUGGAGGCAUGGUGGCAGACUUCAGACAUCUUAGUCUGAGGGAGCAGAAGUCUGGAGGUGGCGGUAAAGGAGUCAGUGAUAUUUCUCUCAGUGUUACAGAGGAGCUGCACAUCAUCUACUUUGACACUGAAUUUGAGCUGAAAGGCUUGUCAGUUGAGUUGCAGGCCUCCUCCAUCCCGGUGCUCAUCAUCUCCAACUCCAGCCAGCAGCAGAGCGCUUGGGCGUCCGCCCUCUGGUUCAACAUGCUCAGUCCGGACACCAAGGAUGUUGUGUUCUUUGCCAACUCUCCUGCAGCCACUUGGCAACAGUUUGGAGAGAUGUUGAGCUGGCAGUUUCUCUCUGCCACUAAACGUGGUUUGAAUGAGGAUCAGCUGGAAAUGAUUGCAACCAAACUCUUUGGAAAGCAGCAGAACUAUGACACCCAAAAAGUAUCUUGGUCAAAAUUUAGCAAGGAAAAUACUCCUGACACUUUCUGGGUGUGGUUUGAUGGCAUCGUGAUGAUGGUGAAAACAUCCCUUGAAGACCUGUGGAGGGAUGGCCUCAUCAUGGGUUUUGUGAGCAAAGGCAAAGAGAAGUCCCUCCUGAAGAAGAAACAGAGAGGCACCUUCUUGUUGCGCUUCAGUGAAAGUGUCAUUGGAGGAAUCACCUUCUCCUGGGUGGAAAACACCAUAACUGGUGAGCCUGACAUAAAGACAGUCCGGCCCUUCACCAAAGCUGACCUUUUACAGAUCCCCUUCCAAGAAAUCAUCAGGAAUUUUCAGAUCUUAGAAGCAGAAAACAUCCCAGAAAAUCCCUUGCGUUACCUUUAUCCCAACACUCCUAAAGACGAGGCGUUCGCAAAAUACUACUCUGAGUUGAGUGGAGAUAACAGUCCUUAUAUCAAGUACAUCAAAACCAAGCUGGUGUUUGUUUCAAAGGAGAACACACUGGAGGCUAGGUCACCCAUGUCCUCUGAUAUGGCACAGGGUGAAGGCCUGGAGCCAAUGAAUGGCCUGUGUGGAGAGGCAGCUGAACUAAACGAGAGUCCUCUUCCGCUGCAGUCCCCUCUGGAAACAGAAAUGUAUCACCCUGAUGAUCCCAUGCUGUCUGGCUCUAUUGUAGCCACGGAUAAUGAUUUACUGAUGUAUCUCAACAACCCCAGCACCUUCAAUGACUCUGACAUCUUGCAAGAUGUUUCGGGGCUGCCUGAACUCUGUCUUCCAGGAUUUAAUUGCCUGCCCCCACAAUCCUGUGGAAGCAUUUUCCAAUAAACCUCUGUUGUUUACAUUUAACAGAACCACUAUAUCAUUCUUCGUCAGCUUUACUUUUAGCUACUUCAGGCCAGUAUUUUUUCCUUAAUCCUGUUGACAAACAAACCAACAGAAAAGGAUUCAGUGAGACUAUUUGAAGACACAAAAGAGCUAAUUAAAUUAGCUGUAGCCUACUCAUAUCCCUGGCACCUGUACCUGUCAACUAUCAUGCACCAUAAACUCUUAUGUAUGAACAUUUUUGCAUUUUGUGGCCCUGUUAAAUCUGGAAUUACAUCAAACUCAUCAUGUAAGCAUUUCAAUAUGGAUCUGUGUAGACUGGAUAUAAUUUAUUGUUUUAAUGUUUGUUGUGAGUCCUCUGUAAUUACAAUAGGCCUAUUGUUGCCACUGGCAGCUUGUGAUAAAUUGUACUGAUACAUGGCACUUCCUUCCUUUUUUAAGUUAUGCUUAUAUAAUAAACCUGCUCAUAAAUGUUAUCACCAAUAAAAGGGAAAUAACUGAUUGUUCCGCUCAUUAAUAACUGAAAUAUUGUAAAUGAAGGAAUACGAGACGUAGUUUUUAAACCAUGAGUCUUAUGUUCACAGUAGCUUGUUUAUUAUGCAGAUUUACAGCCUAUUUCAGGCUGCAGCAACACAUUUGAAUUAAACUUGUAUGUACAAUUAUUCAAAUAAAACCAAGUUCUGCGGCUGUCA